GCCUGAUCCAUGAGUGUUGUGGGUGUUCACAGACUCUAAUUCAACGUCAACAGUACCGAAACUAAACUGAGACCGACUUCACAACAAACCAGCGUCACAUGGAGCCUACAAAUUUACAGAAAGCUAUAGCUAUAGCCAGCAAAGCUUCACAAGAGGACCAGGCUGGAAAUUAUGAGGAGGCUAUUAAAUCCUAUGAACAUGCAGUGAAAUAUUUUCUUCAUAUAAUAAAACGUGAACCACAGGGUAAGGAGGGCAAUCAGAAGAUCAGAGAUAAGUGUAAGCAGUAUCUAGACAGAGCAGAAGAGCUCCAAGAAUAUCUUGAUCAGAAAAAGAAAGCUAUAGAUUUGGCCAGUAAGGCAGCUCAGGAAGAUAAGGCUGAGAACUAUGAAGAGGCCCUGCGUCUAUAUCAACAUGCUGUUCAAUAUUUCCUGCAUGUUGUCAAAUAUGAAGCACAGGGUGAUAAGGCCAAACAAAGCAUUCGGGCCAAAUGUGCUGAAUAUUUAGACCGGGCUGAGAAGCUGAAAGAGUAUUUGAAGAAGAAAGAGAAAGCCCCAGCGAAACCAGUGAAGGAGUCACAGUCCAGUGACAAAGGGAAUGAAAGUGAUGGAGAAGGAGAUGACCCAGAAAAAAAGAAAUUUCAGAAUCAACUCUCAGGCGCCAUUGUCAUGGAGAAGCCAAAUAUUAAAUGGAAUGAUGUUGCCGGGUUGGAGGGGGCCAAAGAGGCUUUAAAAGAAGCCGUCAUUCUGCCAAUCAAAUUCCCACAUCUCUUCACAGGUAAAAGAACUCCCUGGAGGGGCAUUCUUCUCUUCGGGCCUCCUGGAACAGGCAAAUCUUACCUGGCCAAAGCGGUAGCGACAGAAGCCAAUAAUUCGACCUUCUUUUCCAUUUCCUCUUCUGACUUGGUAUCCAAGUGGCUGGGAGAGAGUGAAAAGCUGGUGAAAAAUUUGUUCACUUUGGCUCGAGAGCACAAGCCCUCUAUUAUCUUCAUCGAUGAGAUCGAUUCACUCUGCGGCUCUAGGAGCGAGAAUGAAAGUGAAGCUGCUCGCAGAAUCAAGACAGAGUUUCUGGUUCAGAUGCAAGGUGUUGGUAAUGACAAUGAAGGGAUCCUGGUGCUGGGAGCCACAAAUAUCCCCUGGACGUUGGAUUCUGCCAUCAGAAGACGAUUUGAGAAACGUAUCUACAUUCCUCUGCCAGAAGAGCACGCUCGUGGAUUCAUGUUCAAACUAAAUCUGGGCGCCACACCUAACAGUCUCACCGAAUCAGACUUCAUGACUCUGGGCAAGAAGACGGACGGUUACUCUGGUGCUGACAUCAGCAUCAUCGUCAGAGACGCCCUCAUGCAGCCCGUCAGGAAGGUGCAGUCCGCCACUCACUUCAAGCGGGUACGAGGGCCAUCAAGGAAUGACCCGAAUGUCAUAGUUGAUGACCUCUUAACCCCUUGCUCCCCGGGUGAUCCACAAGCUGUAGAAAUGACAUGGAUGGACGUCCCUGGAGAGAAACUUUUGGAGCCAAUUGUUUCUAUGUCGGACAUGCUGAGGUCCCUCGCCAACACAAAGCCCACCGUCAAUGAGCAGGAUCUGGAGAAGCUGAAAAAGUUCACCGAGGACUUUGGACAGGAGGGCUGAACAGAGCCAGGCUUCCGCAACCAAGCAAACAGAUUGUGAUUGUAACGUCUUCUCUCUUGCCCUUCACACGCCCCUCUCUUCCUUUCGUACCCACGUUCUUCCUCUGACCGACGAGCCCUCUCAGCUCAGGCUAAAGGCUAGAUGUAAUCUGAAAUGUGUAUCUCUUCAAGCCCACCUCAGUUUUUCUUCACAUGUUAAUAGCUGCUCUACCUGCAAGGCUGCCAUCAGUACCUUGUGACCAUCAUGCAUCUUUUAUCUUUAAAAAGCGGUCUCAAUCAUAAUUAUCCGUGCUUUCUAUGAUUAACACAGUCAGCAGAACCUACGACAGGUGUGCUGUAAAACAAUUAGCAAUUAUAAUUUGUACCUUUAUGCAGUGACUGAACAUUUGAAGUAGUGCUUAUGUCAGUUUUGUUUACAGGCACAUAAAUUUGAACAAACAGUAGUUAAGCUCCAACAACACAUGAAGACUUUCCAGCUUCGUUUUAAAAUGCUUUUGUCUGUUCUUGUAUUUCCUUCUCGUUUGAGAAAGUCAUGCUUUGAAUCUGCGCACUGGCAUUUGAUAUAACACUUAGAGAUCCGCAUUUAACAAUUCAGGAACUCCUCGCAUAUACUACAUAUGGUUUUGACUCCAUGUACAUCGUUACUUUCAGUAUAUUACUGUAAAAUGUGCUAUUCCUUCACUGAGAUAUGAGUUACAUUAUAUGUUCAGGGGCCAAUGUUGGACAUUCGUUGUAAAUUCACUUGCUGAGGCUCAGCACACAAUGUGCCUUCUUCGCAUUUUCCUCCUGUCUGUUUGAAUCUCUCAAUCUGCAUACACAUAGAUGCACAAAUACUGAUGCUUAUCGAUGGCUAUAUAACUGUUUUUAUAGGCAGAAAGUUUUGGGAAUGAUUGGAUGAUAUUUGCACAUUUCAUUUAAAACUUUACAAACAUAUAUAUCAAUCUGUAUACAGCGCCUAUGCACUUAUAGGGUGUUUGGUUUGCCAUUUAAAAACCUAUAAGACAUUGUACUAGUAGAAUAACAAUAUAGAAAAGAUGUUUGGUUCCUUUUAAGGAUAAGUCUUGUUAAACAGUUUCCAGACGAGUGGUUUAUCUCAUUUUAAUAUUCACAUGUAAAUAAAGGUUGAAAUAAACAUAA